GCCAUGGGGGUGGUGGGGAGGGCGGCGGUGCGAGAUGGCGGCGGCGCGCUGCCUCACGGCUUCUGGGCGGCGGUGCGCGUCUGGCUGGAGAAGCCGCAGGUGGUCAACAGGCGGCUGUGCGGCGCCGCCAUCGAGGCGGAGGGGACCGUGCCGCUCGGGGAGGCGAGCGGGAGCGGCGGCGGGCGGGAGGGGCGAGCCGGGGCUGCGGAGCUGGGCCGGCUGUGGAGGGAGGUGCGCGGCCAGCUGCCGGCGGGGCGUGGGUGUCUGCCGCCGCCCCUCGCCUCCUGGGGCGGGCCGGGCCUCGGCGCCGUGCUGAGGACGCUGCUGCCCCGCGGGCGGCCCGGCGGCCCGGCCGCCCCGCCGAGGAAGGAACUGGCGGUCCGAGAUGUUUUCAAUGGAACUGUGACCUUUCUGCCUUUGGAGGAAAACAGUGAAGGAAAAUACCAGGUUAAAAAGUGCAAUAUUUAUCAAAUUCAACUUACACACAUAAAAGAUGAAGAAUGGUCUGUGUCUAUUUUAGCUCCAUUUCCAGAAGAUUGGUUUUCAGAUGGAAUUGCAUACCCCAAACUAGCAUGGCUUGGAAAUGAACUUUUGUCCAAACUGGCUAAAUGGUCUGUGGAGCAAAAGCUCAGUGAGUUUAAAAGUACACUCUCGCUCAUCUCUGUAGCAAAAUACAGCAAAGUUUAUCAAGACCUUAAAGAAAAAUACAAAGAGAUGGUAAAGGUGUGGCCUGAAGUGACAGAUCCUGAGAAAUUCGUUUAUGAAGAUGUUGCCAUUGCCACAUACCUGCUGAUUCUUUGGGAAGAAGAGAGAAAGGAAAAAGGGUUGACCAAGAAACAGUCAUUUGUAGAUCUUGGAUGCGGAAAUGGUCUACUGGUUCAUAUUCUAAACAAUGAAGGGCAUUCAGGUAGAGGAAUUGAUGUGAGGAGAAGAAAAAUAUGGGACAUGUAUGGACCAGAAACUCAUUUAGAGGAAUCUACGAUUGUGCCAGGUGACAGUCAACUCUUUCCAGAUACUGACUGGCUCAUAGGAAACCAUUCAGAUGAAUUAACACCAUGGAUACCUGUAAUUGCAGCUAGGUCUUCCUAUUCAUGUUGCUACUUUGUGCUGCCAUGCUGCUUCUUUGAUUUCCAUGGAAAAUACUGCCGAAAACAAAGCAAGAAAACUCAGUACAGAGAAUAUCUUGAUUUUGUUGCCCAAGUGGGAUUUGUAUGCGGCUUUCAUGUGGAAGAAGAUUGCCUUAGAAUUCCAUCAACAAAAAGGGUAAGCCUUAUUGGAAAAAAUAGGACUUAUCCACCUACUGAAUGUGCUCUGAUCGACAAGCAGAUAACACAGUAUAUUAAUAACCGUCAGACCUGUGCUGUAGUCACGUACAACAGAAGAGUUGGAUUGAAUCAUAAGGAUCACUCUGGUGUAUGCAAAGAAGCAGGUUCAGAACUACCUGAAAGUGAGACCGAGACUGCUGGUACAGCUUGGAUGCCUGGAUUUCAACCCAGAGAAAAAGUAGAACAAAUCAGAAAUUGUGCUUCCCUCCCUCGGGAUUUUGUAGAUGAUGUGGUUCUCAAUGUGGCAAACUUACUGUUAAGUGCAGCCCCUCAAAAAUCAUAUUCAAAUAUGCAUGAUGGAAAUACGAAUACCUGGAAUCAAGGAGAAAGCCUUUCCUUGAAAGAAGUAGCAGAACACUUAAAUAAAGAGACUUUAAAAACGCUAAAGAGUGAAUAUGGAGGCCUGCAGACACUGCUCAAGAACAAUCAUCAAGUAUUUGAAGUUCUAAAUGGGAGAGUUCAUAUUCGUGACUGGAGAAAAGAGAAACCAUCAAGGAAAACUAAGCCUGAAGUGAAACGACGCCUUUCAGCUGAAGCAUUUAAAACACGUCUCUGUUGGUUUUUCAUUCAUCAUCCUGAUGGUUGUUCUUUGCCUUCUGAAUCUUGCCCAUAUGCUCAUGGGACUGAGGAGCUAAGGCAGUCUCAGAUUAUUAAAAAGAAAAAACAUAUGCAGUAAUAAAAUGCUGCCACUUACGUUUAAGCUUGUAUACAUAACUGAAUCCAUGACUGACUUUGGGACUGUCUAGUACAUGAAGAUCUAUACAGUAUGGAGAGUUUUUUCCCCAUUCCUAUGCAUCUUGCCAGUUGGUUUACAAGUUAUCCUGUGUUUUUAAUUCUUUAAUUUUGUUAUUAAUAUGGAAAAGGUAUAAUAGAGUAUAUAUAUGUUUUUGGAUUUUGUCAUGGCUUGUCAAACAUGCAUUUGUAUAAGUAGAAAGGUUUAAAAACUUAAUUUCCUAGGACAGUCUUCAUGAUUCUCGAUUGGAUUAAAUAUACAUGAUGCAGCAUUUUCAAAUCCUGAAAAACAGCUGUUUUUCUCUAGAUUUUCCAGGAGGAUUUAUGGUUUCUUAUGACUCACUGUGGCUCUUGGGAGUCAGAAAUUGGAGCUAUUUCACUCUUUCCUGACCUGACAGCUUCCUCUCCAUGUUACUAUGGAGUAACAUUACCUUUCCUUUCUUGGUCAUACCCUAGUCCUCUCCUUCCAUUUCAUACUGAUUCAAAAGGAGUAUUGGUUUCAAGAAUGACUUUCUGGGAAGUUACUGUGGGAGUCUUUUCAUGUAGGUUUUUAGGGCUCUAGGCUGUACUGCCCUUUCCAUCAUUUUUAAAGUAAGGAGUAACAGUAGAAAAUGUAUUCGGUAAUGUUGGAAUGGUAGGGGUUUUGGCUAUUGGAUAACCAAGCAAUGUCUUAGCACCUUGAGCAGGUUAUUUUCUUUGGAAGACUAAUAUUUUCUUUAAAAGGUUUAACUUUUAAAGUCAAACGUGCAUUCAAAGAAGGGCAACAAAGCUGGUGAAGGAUCUAGAGCACAAGUCUUACAAGGAGCAGCUGAGGGAACUGGGGUUAUUUAGUCUGGAGAAAAGGAGGCUGAGGGGGAGACCUUACUGCUCUCUACAACUACCUGAAAGGAGGUUGUGGUGAGGUGGGUGUCGGUCUCUUCUCCCAAGUAGCAAGUGAUGGGAUGAGAGGCAAUGGGCUCAGGUUGUGUUGGGGAGGUUUAGAUUGGACAUUAGGAAAAAUGUAUUCACUGAAAAGGUUAUUAAGCACUGGAGCAGGCUGCCCAGGGAAGUGGUUGAGUCACCAUCCCUGGAGGUAUUUAAAAGAUGUGUAGAUGUAGUGCUUAGGGACAUGGUUUAGUGGUGGACUUGGCAGUGCUAGGUUAAUGGUUGGACUCAAUGAUCUUAAGGGUCUUUUCCAACCUAAAUGGUUCUAUGAUUCUGUGAACUUAGCAGAAAUCCUAAUUCUUACUCAGUGACAGUCACUGAACUAGUGUCAUAAUUCAUAUCUGUCAGCUGCUAAGUAUUUGUAAAGUUCACUAGCUGCUGUACAAGCUCUGAGACAAGGAAUCAUGUUGUUUCUGGCCUAGCCAGUAUACUGAUAAUGCAGGAAGUCAGGGCUGAGAAGCUAGAAGGUGGUUGGUUGUGUUUUGGUUGGGUUUUUUUUUCCGUCUUUUCAAUAAAGAGAAGUCAUUCAUUGAAGUCACAAAAGUACACAUGAUAAGACUAGUGAAUUAGUUUUGAAACUACUUUUUUUAUUAUUUGUGCAAUGUUAUGAUAAUUAACAUAGCAUACUAUAUUACUGUAGUACACUGCCUCCUUUGUAUAGACUUUGUUUCUGAACUCACCAGCAUGCAGAUCUGUCACAGAUGCAUGAUGGCUGUUCCUGUUCCUGUUUGGCAUCACUGCAGGUGACAAGCCAGCCAACGAAUCUCCUGUAAUUACAGGAACUUCCCUGUUGUUUGGAGAAGUGGCAAGAGAACAUUUUUACAUCCAAAUGCCAGCCUUAUAUAAUUUGACAUUUAAAUGUGAAGGUAACUGCUGAAGGUGUUAAAUAGCUCCACUUGAUCUAAAUUCUGUGUCUUCUUGCUUUCUCUGUGAUCCACAGUCUUAGAAAGGCAUUAAUACAAUAUUCAUCUUUGGCAAUGGAUGAAGUAUGUCCUGUUUUGGGCUGAAAUAGAGUUAAUAUUCCUUUUUGGGAA